CCCGCCCCCGCCGCGCCUGGCCGAGGCGAGCGGAGCCGCGGGCGCUGCGGGCGGACAAGAUGGCGGCGCCGGGCGAGUACUUCAGCGUGGGCAGCCAGGUGUCCUGCCGCACCUGCCAGGAGCAGCGCCUCCAGGGCGAGGUCGUCGCCUUCGACUACCCCAGCAAGAUGCUGGCGCUCAAAUGCCCCUCUUCCAGUGGCAAGCCCAACCACGCAGACAUCCUGCUCGUAAACUUACAGUACGUGUCAGAAGUGGAAAUAAUCAAUGACCGCACGGAAACGCCUCCCCCUUUAGCCUCCCUCAACGUCAGCAAGCUUGCCAACAAAGCACGGACGGAGAAGGAGGAGAAGAUGAGCCAGGCGUAUGCAAUUAGUGCUGGUGUCUCUCUGGAGGGGCAGCAGCUCUUCCAGACCAUCCAUAAGACCAUUAAAGACUGUAAAUGGCAGGAGAAGAACAUAGUUGUGAUGGAAGAAGUCGUCAUUGCCCCUCCGUACCAGGUGGAAAACUGCAAAGGCAAAGAGGGAAGCGCCCUGAGCCACGUACGCAAAAUAGUGGAGAAACAUUUCCGGGACGUGGAAAGCCAGAAGGUCCUGCAGCGUUCACAAGCACAGCAGACACAGAAGGACACGUCCCUGUCAUCCUGAGGCCACCUCAGGGCCACCUCCCUGCUGUCCCCGUGUCCCCUCCCCGGAGGCGGCGCCGGGGGCAACGUCAACUUUUAUUUCCUUUUUUUUUUUUUUUUUUUUUUUUUUUUUUCCCUCCCCCCCCCCCUCUCUCUCUCUCUCUCUUUGGGGAAUCUCAACCAAUUCCAAACUUUAGACUUUAAAACAAACGAGAAAAGAGAAUAAUUUAAAGCUCCUCACGCAUUACUUGACUAACAGACUUUGUUUUUCCGCCAUGGUUUCUCCCUCCAGCCAGUCAGACUCUGUUAAUUUUAUUUUUUGGCCUUUUUUUUUUUUUUUUUCUCCUUUUCCUCCCAAUUCCUGCCUCCCUCUUCCCCAAAAAUCCCUCCAGAAAAUAAAGCUAACGAGCUGACUGCGGUGGCCGACCCGGGACCCUCAUGACCAACGUGGUCUCGUUUUAAUUUUGUUUGCACAGGGCAAGGCUUGAAUUAGUCUUAUUUUUCUUAUCUUUAAAUAUAUAUAUGAAUAUAUAUUAAAAUGUUCUUUAAAUAUUUGUCUGCUUCCAGUAGGGUCGUGGCAAAAAAUGCCUCUAACACAACCCUCGGGAGCAGCCAGAACCUGGAUUUGGGGUUUUCCCCCCAUUUCCUUUAUGUUUUUAAAUUUUUUUCCCUUUUUCAUUUAAUUUUUAAUUUUUUUUUAAUUUUAAUUUUUUUUUUGGUUUUGCCACGAUCCUCCCUCUCCCCUUGUUGUUUCCUUUGACUGUUUUUAUUUUGUGGUUUUUUUUUUUUUUAAAUUAAAAAAAAAAAAAGCAAAUCAAGCUCAAAACAAUUCAAGCCCUGCCUUUAGGAAAAUUAAAGAUUAAAAAAAAAAAUUAAAAAAAAAGAAAAAAAAAGGAAAAUUUUUUAGUCUUGUUUAGCAAAAAACAAUAAAAACCCGAAAUUUUUUUAACCAUCA